AUGGCGGAGAAAGAGGAAGACGGUAACGAUGGUAUGCUGGGGGAAUUGAGAGAGAUGGCUCAGAUGUUGCAGGAAAUGAUUUCUCAAGGAGUGGAUAGUGAUCAUGAUGAUGGUCAAGGUGGUGAGAACAAGGUUAACUCAGAUGAGAUGAGUAAUCAUCAAUUGGCUGGUUUAUCUACUACUUAUAAUGUCCUUGCUGCAUAUUACAAGAGUGAUAUAGCAAAUCUUGAAACUAGGAAUGUGCCUGUAAGCUCGAGUGAAGCAGUUCCUUUUUCACCUGAGCCAUCUUCUAGUGAUCUAACAAAUGUUGAAAUCAAGAGAAUGCCAAUAAGCUCAGCCAAGGAAGCUCCUGAUCCUCUCCUGCGACCACCUCAUACUAGGAUGAUUUCUCUUUCUGGUCUAUCACUGAAACCUAUCAAGAAUGAUGAUUCCGUGCAUGAGAAGUCAUUGGCUAUAAGAGAGCAACUUGGAGAUUCUGAUUUGGCAUCCAAGUACAACUUGCCUAGUGAUGAAGAAGUUACUAAUCCAAUUGAUUACACAUCUAGUGACUAUGAUGUUGUAAGAAAGCAACUUCAAGAGCAUUUCUCUCUACUCUCUAUAGCGAAUGAUGUUGACUCAAAAGAGCUGACCAAAAUAGAACUGGAUCCUGGAUACUCAGCUUCUUCUUUGAAUCAGCCAAUGACUACGAGAGAAAGCAUUACUACUACUGCAUCUUCACAUGGUCAUAGGCCAUCAAUUUCCAUGACCAAGGCAUUGACAACAGCUACUGACUUUGUACCAAAGAAGAACCAACAAGUCAUGAACCUACCACAGACACAGGGGAACCAACAAGUCAUGAACCUACCACAGACACAGGGGAACCAACAAGCCAUGAACCUACCACAGACACAGGGGAACCAACAAGUCAUGAACCCUCAUUACCCUCAGUGGCAAGUUCCUUCAGGGCAGUAUGAUAAUAUCACAAGACCUCCUUACUUGUCACCAUCAGCACCACCAUUUCAGCAACAUGGUGGUAGCAACAUGGGGCCUUCUUACUUGCCACCAUCAGCACCACCAUUUCAUCAACAUGGUGGUAGUACUAGUAACUUGGUGCCUUAUGGUACUAUGGUGACAUCUUCUUCCUGGCGACCAGAACAGAACGACAUCUACAACUACAACAUGCCUCAACAUGUUCCUCCUAAUUAUGAUGUUUAUAUGGGUCCUUACGCUUACGGUUAUGAUAACCACUCUGACACGUCUGCAAACUCGAGGUUUGGUUAUGAUGGUGCCCCAGGAAACUACAUGUCAUCAAUUCGGCAGCAUCAGAGUGGAGAUUCACCGAGUUCCAGCAGCCAACAACAACGACAACAGCAGCCUAGGAGUGAUGACUCUGCAACUCAGACCCAACAAGAAGAUAGGAGUGAUGAUCCGUCUGACCAAGCCCAAAGAGACGAAUAG